AGCUGACCUGCUUUCGGAUCUCAGCCAGCUUAAAGCCAAUUGUCUUUUGCCUUUUAUAUAUAUUAUUUUGUAGUUUCCACUAUUUCCUUGAAGAUUCAACUUCAAUAUGGCUGACAAGAUCGCGAAAGAUCAACAGUACCAAUACGCGCUCAAUUCUAAUCUGGUUCUUCAAGCAAACCGUUCAGAUAACCCACGUCGUGGAAAUGAACCAACUGGUGAGGCUGAAUCACUGUAUGGCCGCAUAGAUCCCAAGGAGUUUGGUAGUAGAGCUAUCAGAGAUUUGUCUAAAAUUGAGGAGGUCAAGAAAAAAAAGAGCCAGACUAGUGAGAAAAGCGAAGAACGACGCAAAAAAAGAACUGAAGAAAAAAGCAUUCGAAAUGCAUAUAGCUAUACUUCUGUCUUGGCUGCCACAGACAAUCUUGAGAGUGGUGGAUACAGGCCUAGGACAAAGGAGACGAGACAUACUUAUGAAUUGAUCCUCACAUUUGUUCAGCACUAUCUCGGUGAUGUAUCGCACGAGGUCGUCAGGAGUGCCGGGGACGAAGUUCUUGAUAUCCUCCACUCAGAUACUCUCAAGGAUUUUGACAAGAAGAAUCAAAUCGAAAAGGUUCUUGGCGAGCUAAAAUCAGACCGAUUCACGUUUUCUGACCUGGUGAACUUGGGCAAGAAAAUUACAGAUUACAACCCCGGUACUGAAGAAGUGGGUGUAGAUCAAGACGGAGAGCUCAAGAAGGUCGGCGACAUUGAUGAGCAAUACGGAGUAGCUGUUGUAUUUGAUGAAGAAGAAGAAGAAGAAGAUAUUUACUCUUUGCACUCUGAAUCUGAACAUGAAGACGAAGAAGGUCUCGACACCACCCAGGAUGUUGUCGUCGGCGCUGGUAAGGUCGAGCAGGAGGAAGAGCAGUCAUCAAUGGAUGUUGAUGAUGACGAGGCCGUGCGUGUUGGAGCAUCCGAGGCAAAGGUUGAUACAUCAAAGAAACUUCAGCCCCAUCAAGUUGAUGCUUACUGGCUGCAGCGAUUCAUUUCUUCAUUCUAUAAGGAUGAAAUUGUUGCACAGGAAAAAACAGAUGCUGCCAUGGCCAUUAUUGCUUCGGAAGCGAUCAACGUGCGCGAUUGCGAGAACGAACUUAUGGCUUUGUUCGACUACGACAAGUUCGAGUUGGUCAGUAUGCUGACCAGGAACCGUGAUGUGAUUGUUUGGUGUACUAGACUUGGCAAGGCUAGUGAGCAGGAGCGCACAGAGAUUGAGGCCAAGAUGAGGGAGCUUGGUUUGGACUGGAUUAUUAAAGGUCUUGGUCAUCAUAUUGGCGCCAAAGCUGAUCUUCGUCGGAGGGGUGCGGGACAAACGCCCACUGCUGCUGGACCAAUGGCUGUGCUGCCCAAGGAAAAAGGCCCUGCUCCUGUUACAGCGGCCCCUCGUCAGUUACUCGACCUUGAAGCCAUGACGUUCACACAGGGGUCACAUCUGAUGUCCAACAAACGUGUUCAUGUGCCUGAAGGAUCAUUCCGUCGUCAAAAGAAAGGCUAUGAAGAAGUCCAUGUGCCUCAGCCCAAGAGACCCCCAGGUGGUCGUAGACUCAUAGCUAAGGAUGAACUUCCAGAAUGGAUCCAGGACUGUUUCCCAGACGGACUGAAUCAGAUCCAGUCUGUCGCAUACGAUACCGCUUUUGGCUCGGAUGAAAAUAUGCUUCUGUGUGCUCCUACAGGCGCUGGUAAAACCAAUUGUGCUAUGCUUACAGUAUUACAUGAAAUUGAAAAGUAUCGUGAUCCUGAUACUGGCGCCAUCGAUAAGGAUUCCUUUAAGGUUGUUUAUAUUGCUCCCAUGAAGGCAUUGGUCCAGGAAAUGGUUUCGAAUUUUAGCAAGCGUCUCAAACCAUUUGGACUAUCAGUUCAAGAAUUGACGGGAGAUCGCCAAAUGAAUAAGCAACAGAUUGCAGAGACGCAAAUGAUUAUUACAACGCCUGAAAAAUGGGAUAUUAUUACUCGCAAGGCAACCGACCGGAGUUACACCAAUCUCGUCCGCCUGAUCAUUAUUGAUGAGAUCCAUCUUUUGCAUGAUGACCGUGGACCAGUUUUAGAAUCGAUUGUUGCUCGCUCGCUCCGGCACAUGGAACAGUCGCAGGAGUUGAUUCGCUUAGUUGGUUUGUCGGCUACACUCCCUAACUAUGUUGACGUUGCGACAUUCCUGCGUGUUAAUACAGAUCGUGGAAUGUUCCACUUUGAUGGUACCUGGAGACCCUGCCCGCUGAAGCAAGAAUUUAUUGGUAUCACUGAAAAGAAAGCAAUUAAGCGCUUCCAGGUUAUGAACGAGGUUACAUAUGAGAAAGUCAUGGAGCAUGUGACGCAACCGGAAGGCGAUCAAGUGUUGAUUUUUGUUCACUCUCGGAAAGAAACAGGCAAGACAGCGCAAACACUUCGCGAUAUGGCAUUGGAGAAUGACACGAUAUCACACUUUGCACGGCCCGAUGGCGCUUCAAGGGAGGUAUUGCUGGCGGAAGCAGAGCAAGCUACAGAUCCGGCUCUGAAGGAUUUAUUGCCAUAUGGUUUUGCAACCCAUCAUGCUGGUAUGACUCGUCUUGACCGUGCAGCUGUUGAACAUCUAUUCUUAGCGGGCCAUAUCAAGGUUCUUUGCUCUACUGCUACCCUUGCCUGGGGUGUCAACUUGCCGGCACAUACUGUUAUCAUCAAAGGUACUCAGGUUUACUCGCCAGAGAAGGGUCGUUGGACGGAGCUUUCGCCCCAAGAUGUCCUUCAAAUGCUUGGACGUGCAGGCCGUCCCCAGUUCGACGCGUUUGGUGAAGGUAUCAUUAUCACCACCCAUUCGGAGCUUCAGUAUUACUUAUCUCUUUUGAACCAGCAGCUUCCUAUCGAAUCCCAGUUUAUUUCUAAACUUGCUGACAAUCUUAACGCUGAAAUCGUCCUUGGGACCAUCAAAAAUCGCGAUGAGGCUGUUCAAUGGCUUGGCUACACAUAUCUUUAUGUCCGUAUGCUUCGCAACCCAUCGCUAUACAGUAUUUCACCCGAUGACCUUGAAGAUGACCCCUACCUACAAAAGAAGCGGGUUGAUAUCGUCCAUUCAGCAUCUACUAUCCUCGACAAAUGUAAUAUGAUCAAGUAUGAUAAGCGCACAGGAAAAUUCCAGGGAACAGAACUUGGACGCAUUGCUUCACAUUAUUAUAUCUCGCACAACUCAAUGGCAACCUAUAAUCAACAUUUGAAGCCCAUGAUGUCACAUAUUGAGCUAUUCAGAGUGUUUUCACUCAGUGAUGAGUUCAAGUACAUUCCUGUGCGUGAGGAGGAGAAGGCCGAACUUCAAAAAUGGUUGGAACAGGUCCCUGUCCCUGUUAAAGAGAGCAUUGAGGAGCCUACAGCCAAGAUCAACGUUUUGCUACAGUCAUAUAUUUCGCAGCUCAAGUUGGAAGGAUUCGCCCUUGUCAGCGAUAUGGUCUAUGUAACUCAAAGCAGCGGACGUAUUUUGCGUGCCAUUUUUGAAAUCUGUCUCCGUCGUGGAUGGGCUCAACUGACUCGCAAGGCACUCGAUCUCUGCAAAAUGGUAGAAAAGAGACAAUGGCUUUCAAUGACGCCUUUGCGUCAGUUUAGAGCCAUCAAUCCUGAACUGAUCAAGAAGAUUGAACGUAAAGAGUUUGAGUGGGUUCGUUACUUUGAUCUAACGUCUCAGGAAAUUGGCGAGCUGGUGGGUGUUCCUAAGGCCGGCAAAUUAUUGGAGAAAUAUAUCCAUGAGUUCCCUAAACUUGAUCUUCAGUCUCAUGUCCAGCCAUUGACUCGCUCCAUGCUCAAGGUUGAACUCACUAUUAUGCCAGAUUUCAAGUGGGAUGAAAAAGUUCAUGGAACAGCCGAAGCAUUCUGGGUCUUGGUUGAAGAUGUUGACGGCGAAAUGAUAUUGCACCAAGAGUCGUUUAUUCUCAAACAGCAAUAUGCCGAGGAGGAACAUCUCAUGACAUUCACAGUGCCCUUGUUCGAUCCUCUGCCACCAAACUACUUUGUUAGUAUUAUCUCAGACCGUUGGCUGCACUCAGAGACUCGCUUCCCCAUCUCGUUCAAACACUUGCUUCUGCCUGAAAAGUAUCCACCUCACACUGAACUCUUAGAUCUUCAGCCUUUGCCCGUCACAGCGUUGCGUAACCGCGAGUUUGAGGAGAUAUAUUCAAAGUCGGUUAAUAAGUUUAACCCGAUCCAGACGCAGGUUUUUAACACGCUCUAUACGUUGGACGACAACGUGUUUAUUGGUGCACCUACAGGAUCAGGAAAGACCAUCUGUGCAGAGUUUGCGAUGAUGCGUCAGUGGAACAAGAAACCACAAAAAGGUGCAACCAAGGGACGUAUUGUUUACAUUGCACCUCAUCAAGACGUCAUUGAUGCUCGCCGCAGGGAGUGGCAUACCAAAUUUGGAGAUGUUCAAGGUGGCAAGGCAUUUGUGGCGCUCACAGGAGAGACCAGUGCAGAUCUCAAGCUUCUUGAACGCGGAGAUGUUAUUUUAGCAACACCUAGCCAAUGGGACGUUCUCUCACGUCGUUGGAAGCAACGUAAGAACGUUCAAUCUAUUCAGCUUUUUAUCGCAGAUGAAUUACAUCUCAUAGGAGGAGAUGUUGGCCCCACUUACGAAGUGAUUGUAUCCAGGAUGCGCUACAUGGCUGCGCAGCUGGAAACCAAGAUUCGCAUCGUUGCAUUGAGCACUUCUUUGGCAAACGCCCGUGACCUGGGAGACUGGAUUGGAGCUACCAGCCACUCUGUCUUCAAUUUCCACCCCAUGGUCCGCCCUUUGCCAUUAGAUGUGCAUAUUCAAAGCUACACAAUCCCUCAUUUUGCCUCCUGGAUGAUCGCUAUGGCUAAACCAACGUAUGCCGCCAUCACAACGCACUCUGCCGAAAAACCUGUCAUCGUGUUUGUUCCUUCGCGCAAACAGUGUCGUCUUACUGUUGAUGAACUGUUAACACUCUGUGUCGCGGAUGACAAACCUUAUCGAUUCCUUCACUGUGAACCCCAGGAAUUGAAUACACAUCUGGAGCAUGUUCAAGACAAAGCAUUGGCGGAGGCUCUUCAGCAUGGUAUUGGAUUCUAUCACGAGGCUUUGAGCAAGAGGGACAAGCGUGUGGUUGAGACUUUAUUCGAAUCUGGUGCUAUUCAAGUCGUUAUUGCCUCAAGAGAUACUUGCUGGGGCAUUCCGCUGAGCUCAUAUAUGGUGGUGGUCAUGGGUACUCAGUUCUAUGAUGGUAAGGACCAUCGUUAUGCAGACUAUCCUACAACAGAUAUUUUGCAGAUGAUGGGUCGCGCCUGCCGCCCUGACGACGAUGAAUCCAGUCGCUGUGUCCUUAUGUGUCAGGCGAACAGGAAAGAGUUUUACAAGAAAUUUUUGUUUGAGGCAUUACCAGUAGAGUCCCACUUGGAUCACUUUUUGCACGACCACUUCAAUGCAGAGAUUGCAACUAAGACAAUCGAGAACAAGCAGGAUGCAGUUGACUACCUCACAUGGACGUUCCUUUACAGACGUAUGGCACAGAAUCCUAACUACUACAAUUUACAGGGUGUGACGCAUCGACAUCUUUCGGAUCAUCUUUCAGAGCUAGUAGAGACGACAAUUAAUGACCUGGUUCAGUCCAAAUGCAUUAGUAUUGAGGAUGAGAUGGAUGUUUCGCCUCUUAAUUUGGGUAUGGUCGCAGCGUACUACAAUAUUAACUUUUCAACGGUUGAGUUGUUCAGUUCGAGCUUGACUCCUACGACAAAGUUGAAGGGUCUACUCGAGAUUAUCUCGACAGCAGCCGAAUAUGAAUCGAUCCCAAUCCGCCACCAUGAGGAUCAGGUUCUGAAACGUAUUUAUGAGCGUCUGCCUGUGAAAUUGAACAAUAUCAAGUUUACAAAUCCACAUCACAAGGCCAAUAUUCUAUUGCAAGCGCACUUUUCACGUACACAACUGCCAGCGGAUUUGGCAUCUGAUCAGGCCAUUGUUGUAGGCCAGGUGAUUCCAUUGCUACAGGCAGCAGUUGAUGUUAUAUCAUCGAAUGGAUGGCUUCCACCAGCACUGGCGGCCAUGGAGCUGGCUCAGAUGAGUGUGCAAGCGAUGUGGGACCGUGAUUCACCAUUGAAGCAGAUCCCCUUUAUGACUAGCGAACGUAUCAAGCGUUGUGAGGCCAAAGGUGUAGAGUCUGUAUUUGAUAUUAUGGAUAUGGAGGACGAAGAUCGAAAUACAGCCUUGCAGGUGGAUGAACGGCAGAUGCGUGCGAUUGCGGAGUUUGUGAACCGUUAUCCAAGUAUUGAGGUUGGUUAUGAAGUUGAGGAUGAAGAUGAGAUUAAGGCAGGACAACCUGUGGUGGUGGAGGUGCAGUUGGAACGUGAGGGAGAUGAAGAGGAAGAAGUGACGAGUGUGCCAGCACCAUUCUUCCCUACGAAGAAAGAUGAAGGUUGGUGGAUUGUGGUGGGCGAUCCAGCGACGAAGACCCUGCUUGCGAUCAAGAGGAUUACUUUACAACGACGAUUGAAAGUGAAGUUGACAUUUGUAUGCCCACAGGCGGGUGAACAGACGUUUAAGCUGUACACGAUGUGUGACAGUUUCUUGGGAUGUGACCAGGAAAUUGAUAUGAAGCUGAAAGUGGGUGAAGGCGAGGAUAGUGACGAGGAAGAGGAAGAGGAUGAAGAUGUGGAGAUGCAAGAGUGAAAACAAAAAAAUUAUGAUUUUUGAGCUACUAAAAACUUUUAAAUAAAUGUAUUUACUUCUGAAGACUUUAGUGUGUUUUUUAAUUAAAUCGAUUCAGCCCUUUAACUCCAGUUUCCAUUGUUAGAAAAAAUUACAAUCAGACAACUAGGAUUUGUAAGUCGUCU